ACAGCCCUGUCCAACCAAAGGAGCUGGGCGGUUCAAAGAGGCCAUGCUGAGGUCCUGAGGUGGGUAGAAACAUCAUCAGCCCACCGGAGCUGGAGCACAAGGAUUUGGUGGGGACUGGGGGCUCAAAUCUGGGACCUUGGGCAUCGUAACAAGUGUGCUCAAGCAAGUCCCAACUUCUGACCUCUUGCUUUCAACCCCUGAGACUCCUCCCUUCUGACUGUCUCCCCUAAAAGAAAUGGCACCAGCCGGAGUAGGCUUCCACCUGCUGCCACUCCUGCUGCUGGGACUGUGGCUGGCCGUGGCCUCUGUCAGUGCCAAGCCCAGAAACAUGACCUCUGCUCAGUGGUUCAAAACUCAGCACAUCCAACUGCGCCGCCAGAGCUGCAACGCUGCCAUGCGCGCCAUCAACAAGUACACCAGACACUGCAAGGACCGCAACUCCUUCCUGCAUGAGCCCUUCUCCAGUGUGGCCACCGCCUGUCAGAGCCCCAGUGUAGCCUGCAAGAAUGGCCACAAGAACUGCCACCAGAGCCCAAAGCGAGUGCCCUUGACUGACUGCCGCCACACCUCAGGGAAGUACCCAGACUGCAGGUACAAGGAGAAGCAAAUGGAUGCGUACUUCAUCGUGGCCUGUGACCCUCCGGAGCAUGGGGACUCUGGGAAGUUCAAGCUGGUUCCUGUGCACUUGGACAAAGUCUUUCAGGUUUUCAGUUUUCUUUCUUCUUCUUCAAAAAAUGACUUAUGGAUGUGUGUGAGAGAGAGAGGACAGGAGCAUCACCCUGCCGUAUGUGGUACCAAGGAUAGAACUCAAGACCUCGUGCUUCAAGCACUGUAGCCAUGACACUCCUCCUGGGUCCAUUCUGUCAAGCUGAGUUCUCAUUCCCUCUACAGCUCUCUCUCUCCCACUCAAAAGAUUCCCCUCAUCUCCUUUCAUGGAGCCCUUCCUAGCUCAGGCUCUUCUGAAAGACUGAGGGGGAGAUGGGAUUGAUAUUUUGGUGGGCUUAACAACAAAGAAAUGGCCUCUCAUCCUUUUUGUUGCAUAUCCCACGAGAGAGUCUGGCCAAGUUCAGGGGUGUGGGUUCCCUAGUUCGUACCUUUGGGCACCUGUCCUCUGCCCCAUCUCACCAUGGCAGGAAAAUAGGGGGGAAAAAUGAGAAAGGGCAUGCAGGGUUUAUGGAUAUAGCUACUAUUAUCCUAAACUGGAAGUGACUAGAAGCCUUCUCUAGCUCUGAUGAGAUGGGAAGAUGGCCUGUAGACAGAGAGAGAUGGCUGGAAGGAAGGAUGAAGACAAGAACUCUCUGGAGCCAGCAAGAUGGCUCAGCUGGCACAGCCUCUCCCUUGCCAUGUAUUUGGCCCACAUUCGAGCCCUAGUAUACCCUGUGGGAGCGCUAUAGCACUAGGGGAAGCUCCAUGUUGUAGUGUCUCUGACACACACACACACACACACACACAGUAUGUCUGUCUGUUUUUAUCCCUGGUAACACAAAGAAGAGGAGAAGGGAGAGAAAUACCAUUUUACAGUUAUAUAACUUUAGAUUUAUUCUUGUUUUUCUUAGUGGAGCCAUAUAGAAGAACAUCUUGUGAAACAAACUCAACAGUAAUAUUAGCUUUCUUUAGAGAUAAGGAAACUGAGAUUUCACAAAGCUUGGUCAAAUAGGUUUAGUAACAGAACCUGAACUUGAACCUAGAUCUCCGAUCUCCGUACUCAGAAGACAGCUGUGCCCCUUUACCACUGGGCACAGAAAAGGAGAGAGCUUUGAAGGGGCAGGAGAAGUGGGUAAGAGUUCACUCAUGAAGAAAUGUACCCCAAGCCUCUGCAGAGUCAGUGAGCCUGUGCUGGCUGCAAUAAAGGUCAUUACACUCC